GUGACUUAUUAGUCGAGGCAAGACGACUAUUCUUACCGAUUACUAUCGAGCCGAGACACAAUUUACUAUGGCUUGAUACUAAUUUAAAAAUAAAAAAAAUUGCUUUAGUAAUUGUUGUAAAAUUUUGUUCAAGUGUUUGUAUAAAGCCGGCAAUCAGUUCAGGUGCCAGCUGUCAUAGUAAUCAAAGCUUCGGCUUAUUAUAAAACAAUUUUUUUAGACAGCAGAAAGAGGAAAAAACAACCCUUCAUACAAGCUAGCAGGGGGUUUAUUCUUAUCUAAAGGACGUGUGGUUAACAAAUCGUAUACAGCUAACGAUCUGGAGGCAUUUAUGAAGAUCGCCGCCAAUUGGCAAAACGGCAAUCACGGCAUAUUCGAUGGUCCUGAUGUUAAAUGUGAUAUGCAACAAUAUAUGAAUAAUCCCACCUUAAACAUGUACAAGAAACGGGAACGCACACAAAACUGGAAUCACCAGGAAAAAAAGUUUCUACUCGAUUUAUGUCGCAAGGAUAUGCGAAUUAUUGAAAAUAAAAGAUUAGAUGCCGGCUUAACGGCAGUGAAAAAUAAAGCUUGGAAAAUAAUUCAUCAGAAAUUCUCAAAUGCCUUUGGUCCAGAUAGGACAUGUAAUAGAUUAAAAGAACAAUGGAGACGCAUGAAAGCUUGUACUCGUAAUGAAAUUAUGGACUACAACAAUCGAAUGACUCGAUUUGGUCAAGAAAUAGCCGAUCGCAAGAAACCAUCAAGUUUUACUUUUGAAAUAUGGGAAUUUAUGCAAGAAUCGAAGAAAGCAUGCAAAAGUGAAACACUCGAUGGUGUUGAUUAUUCCAAAAUGCCAUUGGCCUUAGAAGAAGAUUUUGAAUACAAAAAUGAGCAUGAAAACGAAAAUGAUGAAAAUGAAGUUGAUAACGAUAUGGAAGACAGUCGGACCCCACCACAAGAACAUUGCGAUGUUGACAUUAAAGAAGAGGAGCCCAAUGAAAACUACACCGACAGCCAUCACAAUGGUGAUCGGCUCUCUGCCUCGUCACCAAACGAUCAAGACGAAUCAAUACCCGAUCGAGGUAUGCGAAGUCCUCCGAUGCCACAUGCAAGCCUCGAUAACGGCUUUGCACCCGAUCAAAUGAACUUUACCCCACAAUUCAACAUGAACAAUAUCUCGGCAACUCUGGAGGCGUUAAAUGCACUUCGUGCCGGACAAUUUCCGCCGCCAUCAUCUGUAGCAGCUUCAUUUCCCACCUCAGAUGUGUCACCGCCAGCUAAGCGCCAACGUACCUCAUCCGAAAGUGAAAGCGAACUUAAAGUCUUCAUGGAUAUGCAAAGUAAAGAGCACUAUAUGCGCAUGAAGAUCCUCGAAGUGCAACUCCAAUCGGCCAAAUACUCUCGUGACAUAGUCGAGAUUAAUAAAACAAUAGCUCUGCAAAAACUCCAAGAGUAUGCUAGCAAGAGAAUGAGCUAAGGAAUCGAAGACUUUACACAAAUCAGAUCCUUUUCUCGAUUUUGUAUGUCUUUUACUUGUAAAUUGAAUCUUAGUUUUUUUUAUGUUUUGUGUAGAGUUUAAGCUUUUGCAACCACAUUCCUAUUCAAAUGCAGUAUUUUUUAAUUUUUAUUAUUUUGUUGAAUGAAAUUCGUUCGUUCGUUGUGUAUUUUUUUUUUUUUUUUUUGUUUUCAUUCAUAUUCGUUUUUAGCACGUUAUCGCGUCUAUUACAGUGAAUCAAAAUCGUAUUUGAAGAUUCCUACCUCAGAACAUUUAUCGAUUACAGUUUUAUUAGAGAAUAGGCAAGUUAUUAAUAAAAAAGUUUUUUUUAAUGUUUUUACACACUAAAGAGUGUAUUCCAUUAAAAAAAAACAAAUUAAUUUUAAUAUCGACAGCAACAAAAAAAUUAUUAAAAAAAAAAAAAAAAAAUAUUUUUGUACUUAGCAGUAGUGACUUAUUGACAGUUUGUCCCAUUUAUACAUAUAUUAAAAAACAAAUUAAUGAAUUACAUAAAUGUUUUAUUUUUAUUUAUUUGUUAUGCGUCCCACAAAAUAGUACUUCAUUUUUUAUUAAUUUUUAAUAUUGUUUAAACAAUUUUGUUUCUUUUAUAAAAUAUUUUAUUUUUAAACAAAAAAAAAAAAACAAACAGUGCUUGAAACUUCGAGUCUCAAAAAAUAUGGAUCUAUACCUACUUAAUAAAAUAAAAAAACAAUAAUAUUGUUAUGUCCUUUUUGUAUUAUAUAGAAAAGCGAUAUAUAUAAUUAAUUCGAAAUUAGAAAUCAGAUGAAAAUUAAAAAAAAAAAAUAAAUGUAAUCUAUAGACUGGAAUAACAAAAAAACAAAUCUUAAAGCAAAAAAAAAUAUAAAAAAGUAUAUAUAAAUAAUGUAUAAACAAAACAACACUAGUUUUUAAAGAAAGAUAAGGAAAUGAACA